AUGCAUCCCUCUGUGAUCAACGCGACUCUGCUGGCGCUGGCAGUCUGCGGGAAGCGCAUGUUUCCGGAGCCACGGAUUGUCGGUGGCACAAAGGCGGCAUUUGGACGAUGGCCAUGGCAAAUAUCACUGAGACAGUGGCGAACAUCGACCUAUUUGCACAAAUGUGGAGCGGCGCUGCUCAAUGAGAAUUGGGCAAUCACAGCGGCUCAUUGUGUUGACAAUGUUCCACCGUCAGAUCUGCUCCUGCGACUGGGCGAGUAUGAUUUGGCUGAGGAGGAAGAGCCGUACGGAUAUCAGGAGCGCCGUGUGCAGAUUGUGGCCUCGCAUCCUCAAUUCAAUCCUCACAAUUUCGAGUACGAUCUUGCCCUCCUCAGAUUCUACGAACCGGUGAUCUUCCAGCCCAACAUCAUUCCUGUCUGCGUUCCAGAUUCCGACGAGAGCUUCAUCGGGAGAACAGCUUACGUGACGGGCUGGGGAAGACUGUAUGAAGAUGGCCCUCUGCCCAGUGUCCUGCAAGAAGUCACCGUGCCUGUGAUAGAGAACACCAUUUGUGAGGCAAUGUACAAGAGAGCGGGCUUCAGCGAGAAGAUUCCCCACAUAUUCAUCUGCGCCGGCUGGAAGAACGGCGGCUUUGACUCCUGCGAAGGUGACUCCGGCGGUCCGAUGGUCAUUCAGCGUCACGACAAGCGCUUCCAGCUGGCCGGCGUCAUAUCGUGGGGCAUCGGAUGCGCGGAGCCCAAUCAGCCCGGCGUUUACACGCGCAUCUCCGAGUUCCGGGACUGGAUCAAUCAGAUUCUCCAACUGCAUGUUAACCAUCUCAGCCACUGCUCCUCAUCGGCUAAUGAUGAUAUGCCGGAGAGCCCAAAAGACAAGGAGAGAGAGAAAGAGAACGAAAAGAUGCUGAUGACGAUGUUUGUGGUGUCUCGCACAGAAUCACUGACCAGCACAGCAUCUCAGCAUCUCGCUCACUCGCGCCAUCCAGCAUCGCGCGACACAGUGAGACUCUUGGGCGAAGAAGUGCUGAAGAAGAGAGAGAGACAUGCAAAGUAUCUCGCUCUCCGGUUUUGUGGGUCACAAUCAGAAGUCAAUGAGCCACGAACCUGGCCCCGGCACAUCGUGACUCAGCUGCCAAUGGGCAGAGAAAGAAGGCGCGCGAGAGAGAGUCCAGAGACAGAGGCACCAAUUGUCUUUUCACUUGAUGUCAUUGCAGAGUCGAGAAAAUUGUUCGGCGGCUACAGAAUCACACCGAAGUUCUGCAAGCCAUCCAAGUCACUGCCCAAAGAUGAUAUUCGAGCACACGGUCCCACGAUCUGCAUGUUCAACCAUGAGUGUACACAGCGUCAGGGACAAGUUGUCGGUGCCUGCAUGGACGGAUUUCUCUUUGGCACUUGCUGUCAGCUCCAGGGAACCGUGGACACGCCACUCACCCCGCCGACAGACGAGCUCGACGAGCGACCCGUCAGCAACACCGCUGCGGCGCUGUCCUACGAGACCUACGGGAAUCACAUCCACCCCGGGAACUUCCCCAACUUCAAUGAGAUCAAGGUGCAGGACCGACCAGCUCCGACCACAGACAGCUCGCUGAAGUUCACGAGUCACUACUACGUGAACAACGAGGCCGUUGUGGUGUCCUCCCCAUCGUCCGCCCACAAGGUCUCCACGUAUCUGCCCGUGACUUCCAGCACGACUCCGCCACCUCAAGCGUCGACGAAGAUCGGCGACAUGUACUUGCCAAUGCACUCCAGUCCGAGCUACUACAGCUCCGAGAUUCCCACGCGCCUCUCAUCCCCCUUCAGCUCCACGGAGUCCUCCGUUGCGGACUACUUCACAUUGAGUCAGAUGAGCCACGUCACCAACAGCCUGCUGGACAGCAGCUACGGCGCGCAGUUCACGCACAGUGACAUUACACACCCAGGAGCAGACGCCGAUCUCCUGGAGGACGACACCAGUGGCUACGCUAAGCCGAGCGACUUCACAUCAGCCGGCAAUAUGAUUCCGUCCAGCACACCCAAGCCAUCGUCAAAGAAUCCGCCCGCGAAGCUGGAAUUCAAGCCCAAACCAAAGCCAACGACAGCGAGUCCCAACAAGUACGUCCUGGUGCACACCAUCUCCAACGACAAGCCCAGCGUGAAGCCCACAAUUGGGGAGAACGACAUGGAAUCCAUCGAGUCCAUCAUUCUCAUGCUCAACGAGACAAACACUGGACCACAGUACAAUUCAGCAUCGACUCCGGAAGACAGAGAAACCACUUUCUACACCACGAGAUUCCCACAGAAUUUCUCAGAGAUCAACACAGACAAGUACGGACCGACGAGCUUCUACGUCACCUCCAAACUCCCUGCAUCAACGGGAAAACCCGCGUCGUCGCAGAAGCCCAAGAAGCCAACGAAAAAGCCUCCCUCCACGAGCUAUGUCUCCAGCACUGCGGCAAUUACACCCAGACCAGGCUCCACGACUACGAAGAAGGGAACGAAGCGACCAGGCACCGGAGGCACCAAGAAUACCCAAAAGCCUCCAUCGACAAGCUAUGUUUAUUCGCCUCAGCCAACCAAGAGACCCACGAGUGUCACCGUCUCCACGAUUCCCCAGAAGUUCUCAACGUCUGCUCCGGGUCUGCUGUCCAGCACAACACCCACUGUCAUUGUCCUGGGACCCUUCGAUCCGUCCAGCUCAACGCUGCCGCCCGAGCAGAUCAUCCAGUCGAAGCCUAUCCAGCAGAAUGUGUACGACGAGGAAGGCGCAGCAUAUCCUCAAGUCACUGUCACUCAGAGGCCCUCGCCAACGGUCGUGAUCACACCCAAACCCGCCCUGGGCUCCUCUUCUCCGUGGCCCCAGCAGUCUCGGCCAACAAAGCCGCCCAGCACCUCCUACGUCUACAGUCCCAUCGUCACCAAGAGGCCCAUCCAGCAACCCACAUCGCCAUACGGACCAUCGGUCACCUUCAGCACGGACUUCUAUCGACCACAAUACGAGAACACCGUCUCGUCAACAGCAAUCUACACCGCUGAGGAGUCAGACGGAAUCUACAAUUACAUCCAAACUCACACGAACUACGAUAAGAAUCCCGUCUAUGCCAGUUCCACUCUUGCCUAUCCAGACAUCUCGACAAUCAAGGAAGAUUACCUCACAUCGCAAGACGAAUUGAUCAACUUCCCACCUGUGAGGAAUCCCAAUCUCAACACAUCCGCAAACUACCCAGCAGAGGAAGAUGAGGUGGAAUACGUCACGCCCACAUUCCUCGAAGAUCAGAAGUUCAAGGAUAAAAUGGAUCUCUUGGUCAGCAAGAUUGUUGCCUCGCUUCAGAACAACUUUGAUAGUUUGGCAGAUGUUGUGCUCGAGCGAAACACAACUGGAAUCCAGAAGAGACCAACGGCUAAGCCUGCAUCUACUUCGAAGAAGCCCCCAUCGAAGAAGCCUGCCUCAAAGCCUCCGCAGAGGACAACAACUCCUCUCCCGGCAGUGCCAAGUCGAAGGCCCACGACAAGACCAACAGGAGCUGGAGUGGCUCGUCCGGGCGUGACAACGCGAAAGCCGACAGUAAGACCAGGACAGGCCAGCAGUCGACCACCCACCAGAAAGCCCACAACCACAACCAUUCUAACGACAACGAGGAAACCUACCCAGAAAGUCACCACAACCACACCCAGACCGACCACCAAGCCCACGAAGCGCAUCAAGACCACCACCUUCGCCUCCACAACGUCUGCUGAUGACUACGACACUGAGGAUGUUGGCGAGGAGCAGGACGGAGAGACCUCGACGCCACUGACGAGUGACGAUGGGAGAAUAAUAGAGGAUAAAUCUCACGUCUCUUUGGCAGAAUGCGGAGUUCAGCCUCAUGUGAAGAGUGGCAGGAUUGUGGGUGGGAAGAGUGCCCACUUUGGCAAGUUCCCUUGGCAAGUGUUGGUGCGUGAAUCCACAUGGUUGGGACUCUUCACGAAGAACAAGUGUGGCGGAGUGUUGAUCUCCAACAGCUACGUAAUCACUGCAGCCCAUUGCCAGCCAGGGUUCCUUGCAUCUCUCGUGGCUGUUUUCGGAGAAUACGACAUUUCCGGCGAGCUGGAGUCCAAGCGAUCCGUCACGAAGAACGUGAAGAGAGUCAUCGUCCAUCGGCAGUACGAUGCUGCGACUUUCGAGAAUGAUUUGGCCAUCCUCGAGCUUGAGAGUCCCAUUCACUAUGACACUCACAUUGUGCCAAUUUGCAUGCCUCCGGACAAUGCUGACUUCACGGGACGAAUGGCGACGGUGACGGGAUGGGGGCGCUUGAAGUACGGCGGCGGAGUGCCUUCCGUCCUCCAGGAAGUCCACGUGCCCAUCAUCGAUAACAGCGUGUGCCAGGAGAUGUUCCAAACUGCCGGACACAACAAGAAGAUCCUCAAGUCUUUCCUCUGCGCCGGCUACGCCAAUGGCCAGAAGGACUCGUGUGAAGGCGACAGCGGCGGUCCUCUUGUGCUCCAGCGUCCGGACGGCAGGUGGGAAUUGGCCGGAACUGUGUCGCACGGCAUCAAGUGCGCCGCUCCCUAUCUUCCUGGUGUCUACAUGCGAACCACUUACUACAAGCCCUGGCUGCAGAGCGUCACGGGCCUCCAUUGA